AUGGCGUUCCAAAUAACCAAAAGUAUGCAAAUUAAAUCAUCAAAAUGUUCAAUAAUAUCAAUUAAAAAGAUUUCUCGUUCUUUACUGAUUAAUAAUCAACGAAGAAAUUCAACUGCUGUUGCUGCUACAACAACACCAAUUACUCAUUCAAAAUUAUUAAAUUAUAAAAUAAAUAAGAAAUAUUAUACUACUGAGAACACUAAUAAUACUAAUAAUACUAACGCUCAAAACCCAUCAUCUUCAAAUGAUGCAAUCAACAAAGGUAAGAUCCUUGAAAAAAAAACCACAUCUGGAAUAGAGUCAACUAUUAAUGCAAUACCUUUACUUCCUAUAGCAUUGAUUAUUGCAGCAACAGCAUUAACGGGUCUUGGCUUUUAUCAAUACUUCACUUCUAAUGUUCACAAAUAUCCACCAGAAAUCAGAAACAACCUAAAGAAAGGUUUGUAUUACCAGAACUAUCAGAAUGAUCCAAACAAAGCAGUCAACUACUACCAGAAUGCUUUGAAUCAGGCAUAUAAUGAUGAAAGUUUGGAUAAUUCGUCGCCGGAAGUUACUGGAAUUAUGAUUCUGUUGGCUGGAUUAUAUGAAGAAAUUGGAAGAAUGCGUGAUGCAGUUGAUGUUUACACGAUGGCUUAUGAUUCAAUAGCGACGACAACUAUGAUGGAUACCGAUAGCAAUAAUAAUAACAAUACUGGUGUAAAUGUGAAAUUAAAGGAUGAUGAUAGAAUUAGAUUGAUUGCUUUAGCACAAAAACUCGGUGAUUUACACGAAACGUUGAAACAAGAUGAUAAAGCUGAACAUUAUUAUGUAUGGUCUGUUGAACAAUUACUACAAGCAGCCAAUCAAUUUGAUCAUAACUUAAAUAAUGGUGGCGGUAGUAAUGGCGAGGGUGUUGGGAGUGGGAGUAUUGGAAUGAAUAAUAGUAAUGUCAAUGGUAGCAAUAACGCUGCUACUUCAUCUAAUGUUGGUAGUGGGGGUUUAUUUAAAAAAAAACUUGAUGUAGAUCCAUUGCCAUCAUGGAUGACAUCUACAGAUUUAGGUGCAUCACUUGAAGCAUUGGCUUCAUUUUAUUCUUCAAGACGUAACUAUUCAUAUGCACUCCCACUUUAUCUUCGAUCAUUAUCAUUGAUACACCCACCGGAAUCGUCGUGUCAUUCAGCUGUUUUAAUGAAUAACAUAUCCAAGGUGUUUACAGGCAUGGGUGAACUGAAGGAGGCACAAGGAUGGGCUGAACGAGGAUUAAAAUUGACAGAAAAUUUCCAACAAAAUAAAAAAGGGACAAGGGAAUGCGAUGAAACUUGCGAUGUGAUAUAA